AUGGCAGUCACCUUCGAUGCUCAAUUUUCCGAUCAGCUCUUCAGCCGAAUUGUCCAACAUUCGCUCUGGGAGCGUCUCCCAUCAUCGACACCAUUGAAAUGGUUGAAACCGAAGGUCGACAAGGAAGGCAUCAUCCGUGUCGGUGGGAGACUCGGAAAUGCCAACGUCUCUGAAGAAGUGAAGCAUCCGAUUGUUCUUUCGUCCAAACACCCUCUAUCCGCUCUGCUGGUCAUGCACUAUCACCAAGUUCUACUCUACGCUGGUCCCCAGCUGAUGCUCGCCACGAUUCGCCAGAAGUAUAGGAUCAUCGGUGGUCGGAACCUUGUUCGCCGCACGUAUCACCAGUGCCAUAAGUGCUUUCGUAUCAAACCUGUGCUGGUGCAGCAGAGUAUAGCCGAUCUACCGACAUCACGAGUCACACCGUCGAGGCCAUUCGCUACAUGUGGGAUCGACUACUGCGGCCCCGUAUACAUCAAGUCCCCGGUUCGCAACCGGGCACCAACCAAGGCGUACAUAGCCAUUUUUGUAUGUUUCGCUACCCGUGCCGUUCACAUUGAACUCGUUUCCGAUUUGUCUACGCCGGUCUUUCUGGCCACCCUCCGCCGUUUCGUCGCUCGUCGUGGAAGGAUGAGUGAAAUUCAUAGCGACAAUGGCACCGCCUUCAAGGGUGCAGCAAAUGAGCUACACAGAAUCUACGAGAUGCUGAAGACAAACCAAGCCGAUCGGAAGCAGAUUCAAGACUGGUGCGCGACAAACGAAGUCGUUUGGCGGUUCAUCCCUCCCCGCGCCCCAAACUUUGGCGGUCUGUGGGAGGCAGCCGUCAAGUCUGCCAAAAACCACCUGUUGCGCGAAAUCGGUCAUGCCAAUAUCACCUAUGAGGACAUGUGUACUCUAUUAACACAGAUAGAGAUGUGCCUCAACUCCAGACCUCUAGUUCCGAUUCCAACCGACCCAGCAGAUCUGGAAGUUUUGACUCCAGGACAUUUCUUGGUCGGAACCAGCCUUCAAGCCAUCCCGGAUCGCAAUCUGUGCGACAUCCCGGACAACCGUCUGACCCACUUUGAGUUGACCCAGAAACGAUUCUAA